UCACUGGCUGCGUUUUGAUUUUUGUUUUUAUAGAGAAUUAACCAGCUAGCGCCAUGUCUGUGACGAAAAAGAAACGUAUUUCGAAGAAAAACAAAUCCGCAUGGCGCAAAACAGACAUACAGGAUGUCGAACAGUUUCUCGAGGAUCAGCGUCAAGAGGAGCGCAUUGGUACGUUUGCAGAUAAAAAGGAUGCUGAUCUGUUCGUGGUAGAUGCCACGCCACAAAAAGUAAAGCCCAUCAUAUUGACUCCGAAAGAGAAACGCAAACUAAAUGCUAAGAAACCAAUGCGUUCGCAUCAGGCUCUAGAAAACACGUCAAAGGUGCAGGAUCCCAUUGUUAAGCGGAAUCACGUUAAACAGAAGAAGAAUGGCCGAAACAUUGAGUUGGAGGUUUGCAAUCCCACUAAAGGGCGUCAUCGGCAAGCGAACAGCGACCGUGCCCGCUACUAUGAAAAGUUAGAUCAACGAUUGGCCGACAAAAAUAGCAACCUCAAAACAGCCAAGGACAUUUGGCAGGUCGAAGACUUCCGUGAUAAAAUACCGGGCCUGAAGGACGAGAAAGGCUGGAUCUCCCGCGAGCUGGCUCUGCACAUUACGGGUAACGUGGGACGAAAAGUGGUCAAGACACACGAAAGUCUGCGCCACAGCACCACUAAAGCCAAAAAGUUCGAGCCACCGCAUCCGGGCCUGAGCUAUAAUCCCUCACUAGAGGCACAUCAGGAUCUGCUGGCCAAGGUGGUAGAUCGUGAAGAAGGCAUCAUCAAGACGGAGAAACAUUUGCAACGGGUCACGACACGCAUGUUCAGCAAAGUAACGCCCGAGCAACGUGAUCUACGUCGCCUCAUGGAGAUGAGCGAAGGCGUCGGAGAUGAGGCUGACGAAGUUGUUGAAAAUGAAGACAAGGCCGAUGAAAAUGACGAUAAGGCCUACCACACGGUAAAUGCGCCCGUCGAAAAUAAGAAGAAGAGCAAGCAUGCGCGUCGCAAUGAGCUUAAACAAAAGGAGUUAAAACGUCAGCAUGAGGCGAAGAAGGCGCUCAAGAAACAGACUGCUGAUUUGCUGCGAAUUAAGUCCAUACGUGCCGAAGUUGAUGCCGAAGCUGAAGAACUCAAUGAAUUAAAGAAACAUCGCAAGAAGGUGGCCGAGAAGAAAAAGUUUGAGCCCAAACGCCUGGGACGUCACAAGUUUGUUGAACCCGAUAUCGAUGUUAAUAUGCCCGAAGACAUUGCCGGCAAUUUGCGCAACGUAAAGCCCGAGAGCAGCCUGCUCAAGGAUCGCUUCCAGAACAUGCAGAAACGAAAUAUACUGCCAACAACGGUGAUCGCAUCUAGGAAACUGGCUAAAAUCAAGCGCUUCCCGCGUAGCUCGCACAAGGAGCCGGGCGUUUCAUAUCAGGAUCUGCGCCAGCAGCGCAAGGCAACGGCUGCUGCAGCUGCAGCCGCCAAAGAUACCAUCAAGUUAUAGGCUAACCUUUUAUUGUAUAAUUCGCGGUACUAGCAGUAAAAAAUAUUUCCCUAUAAAUAUACACCUUAAAAAGUAA